GGAUGUCUCUCUUUAACGAUCCUUUUUCUCCUUUUUACGAUCCGUACUUUGAUUCUGGAAUUAGUUCUCCACGUACCAGUACUUUCGAUUGGACUCCAGACACUUCAUGGAAUGCGUUUUCAAUUGGUCCGGAAACACCCACCUGGGAUCAAACUACUUCCCGUACCUUGGACACUGCACCUCGUUCCCGCGGUUUACCUAUUUCUGAUCAAUCACGAAAUUUUGGAAGUCGUAUUAAGGUUAAUAAAAUGGGUGACAUCGUUUGGAGACCUGCUACAGAUAUAUAUGACACGAACGACGCUUUUAUCAUUCAUGUUGAUUUACCUGGCGUACCAAAAGAGGAUAUCUCGAUUAAUCUUCGUAAUGUAGAAUUAGUUGUCCAAGGAGAAUCCAAACGCAAACCUGCUUAUGAAGCUGCAACUUCUCGUGUACGUGAACGCAGAGUCGGAAAAUUCCGUAAAGUUGUCUUCUUGCCUCGAGACUGCGCUUCAAAACGCGAUAAUGUUGAAGCAAAAUUUCAAAAUGGAUUGCUUGAAAUUAAAGUUCCUCGUGGCGGUGCUGACCAAG